AUGGCUAGAAUGGCCGGGUCUUGGUAUAAAGCGGAGAGAACUUACAUUGAAAACUAUAGAGCUAUCAACUACGCUGGAAGGAAAUGGGAUUCCUGGGUAAUAGCUUGCACUGAUGCGCUUUUUAUAGGGCCGCUAAAAAAAACCGUGACCAAUCCAGAAGCGAGCAUUGAACUGUUCCCCCAAGGGAACCAUCUCGCUGGGACAAGUCCAAGCGAAAUUGACCGUACAACAAACCAAAAAGAUGGUUAUAAUACCGACAACGCAAAGGAACAAGAAUCAACUGAAAUGUCUGAUUCAUAG